GUAAAUUAUAAUAAUCUAUGGUCAGGUCAGAGACGUGACGCUAAAAUGGUGGUGCCAUUUGUUUUCUAAUAGAAUCCAAGUUAAACAAUUUUAUUUAUAUUUCUUUAGUUUUAAGAUAAUUUCAGUAUGGCAGACGUUUUAGAUAUUAAUGAUGUUGGUGACAUAGAUGUUGAGGACGAAGGUGAUCAGAGUAUUUUACGUCUAAAGGAUAAAGUAGUGAAACGUAAAGGUCGUGGUUUUGGGGCCGGCGAAUCUAGAGAACAUGAGAAAAUACGGGGCUACGAAACAGUAGAUGCUGGAGAUGGCGAUGAACCAGGUCCCCAAAAAUCAGUAGAAGGAUGGAUCUUAUUUAUAACUUCUGUUCAUGAAGAAGCAACAGAAGACGAUCUAAUGGAGAAGUUUUCAGAGUUUGGACAAAUAAAAAAUAUCAAUAUUAAUCUCGAUAGGCGAACAGGCUUUUUAAAAGGAUAUGCCCUAAUUGAAUAUGAAACAUACGAUGAGGCUGCAUCAGCAAGGGAAGCUUUAAAUGGUUCUACCUUAUUAGGUCAAACUGUCGGUGUCGAUUGGUGUUUUGUAAAAGGAGCAAAGAAGUCCAAGAAAAAGAGCAGAAGACAUUAACGUUAUCGUAUAAAAUAUUGUCAAAGUUUAUACAUAAGUAUUUUUUAGGAUUUGUCUCUUUAACAUUACAUUAAUCUGAAAAUAA